GGGACAGACUAAAAUUUGCUUGUUAGAGUUGGGACAAAACAACGUUUUCCUCUGAAAAUAAAUACAGAUAUAUACAUCAGCGGUCACACUUUCCCCUUCUUCCUUUGUGUCCAGUCCAGCUGAAGGAGAUGGGUUCAAUGGGUGCCAAUGGCAAUGGCGGCCUAUGGGGCAUUGGUCCAUUUCACGACAACUUUCAUCGAAGGCGGAAUACUAGGAGGAACAAGGACUCCAAGCCCUCUAGCUCUAGAGGCGGCGCCGGAGAUUCUGCCUCCGCCCCAUCCUUUGGGUUCCCGCUCAAGCAAGCCGCCACGGCUGCGUCCCUUGCCCUAACCGGCGACUCCAUCGCGCAGAUACGGCAGAGAUGGAUCCGGAAAAGGGACGAGUUGUCAAAUUCCGAAGAUUUCAAGGACAUCACAAGCACGCUUUUAUCUGAACAUGACUGGAUCCGAGCCCUUAGGAUGACAUCAUAUGGAUUCCUGCUCUACGGUCCUGGUUCAUAUGCAUGGUAUCAGUUUCUCGAUCGUUGCAUGCCAAAGCAAAAUUUUCAAAACCUCAUGAUGAAGGUUCUACUAAAUCAGAUCAUACUCGGCCCCUCAGUAAUUGCUGUUGUUUUUGCAUGGAAUAAUCUAUGGCUUGGGACGCUUUCCGAGCUUCCCAAUAAAUACAAGAAAGAUGCCCUCCCCACCCUCUUUACCGGAUUCCGGUUCUGGAUUCCAGUCAGCAUAUUGAAUUUCUGGGUGGUCCCCCUUCAAGCCCGUGUUGGUUUCAUGUCGAUGGGAUCUAUAUUCUGGAACUUUUUCUUGUCCUCAACCAUGAGCAGGUGACUUACAGUCUGCCAUUGCUCUGUAUUAGGCCUUCAUCAAUCAAUCUUGAAUACAAUCUAGUAUUAUUCUUUUGUUUUGUUAUGCUUUCCUCCUAUUCGAACUGAACAGUUAAAUGUAAUCGUGACAUGGCUACUACAAUUUCUUUAGUUUGUCUAUGUUUCUUGUGGUG